AGAUAUCAUCGACGUAUACAUGUCCUCGGAGAAGAUUAUCUCUUCAAUUGGACUGUCUGGAGGACUAGACCUACCAACAAUUGGAGGCCAAGCUCAACGCUCUGCCGCUCAACAGCGACUUUUUCUGAGCUCCAUCCAGCCAAGUCGCAGUUAUCAACUCGACAACGUCCUGAUCCCUCAGUUCAAUUCUCCAUAUACGCGAUGUUGUCUCGAGCUCUCCGUCUCCCCAGGGCUGUGCCUAUGCGUACCAAGCUCGCUGCUCCCGCUUUCACUGCCAUUCGCUCUGUCACCACUGAUGCCGCUUCGGCGUCCCUGAGCCACUCAGUUCCCAAGUCCGAUGACGAGCCUUUCUCUGUUAACCUCAGCGAUGAGAGCUUCGAGACCUACGAGCUGGACCCCCCUCCUUACACCCUGGAGGUGACUAAGAAGGAGUUGAAGGACAUGUACCGCGAGAUGGUCAUCACCCGACAGAUGGAGAUGGCGGCCGAUCGUCUGUACAAGGAGAAGAAGAUUCGUGGUUUCUGCCACUUGUCUACCGGCCAGGAGGCUGUUGCCGUUGGUAUUGAGCAUGCCAUCACCAAGGAGGACGAUAUUAUCACCGCUUACCGAUGCCACGGCUACGCCUUGAUGCGUGGUGCUACCGUUCGAUCCAUCAUUGGCGAGCUGCUUGGCCGACGUGAGGGUGUCUCCUACGGCAAGGGUGGUUCCAUGCACAUGUUCGCCAAGAGCUUCUACGGCGGUAACGGUAUCGUCGGUGCUCAGGUUCCCGUUGGUGCCGGCCUUGCCUUUGCUCACAAGUACAAUGGCAACAAGAACGCUUCUAUCAUCCUCUACGGUGAUGGUGCUAGCAAUCAGGGCCAGGUCUUUGAGGCUUUCAACAUGGCCAAGCUCUGGAACCUCCCUGCCCUCUUUGGCUGCGAGAACAACAAGUACGGUAUGGGUACCGCUGCUGCUCGUUCUUCCGCUUUGACCGACUACUACAAGCGUGGACAGUACAUCCCCGGUCUGAAGGUCAACGGUAUGGAUGUCCUUGCCGUUAAGGCCGCCGUCAAGUACGGCAAGGAGUGGACUGCUGCCGACAAGGGACCUCUCGUCCUUGAGUACGUCACCUACCGAUAUGGAGGUCACUCCAUGUCUGAUCCCGGUACCACCUACCGAACCCGUGAGGAGAUUCAGCGCAUGCGAUCCACCAACGAUCCCAUUGCUGGACUCAAGCAGAAGAUCCUGGACUGGGAGAUCACAAGUGAGGAGGAGCUCAAGAAGAUUGACAAGGAGGCUCGUGCCCACGUCAACGAGGAGGUUGCUGCUGCUGAGGCCAUGGCCGCUCCUGAGCCCAAGCCUGAGAUUCUGUUUGAGGAUAUCUACGUUCGUGGAUCCGAGCCCGAGUACAUCCGUGGCCGUAUUCCCGAGGAGAACCACUACUUCCAGUAGAGGAAUUGAGCGCGAGGCCGUACCACCAUAAUGAUUUGAGCACUUGAUGCUUGCUGUAAUAUACAUCCAUGAUCUAUCUAGAAAGAGGCCUGGCAUGGUCCGAAAAUGGAGAAGGGCGAGGACCCAGGAUUUCUUUUUUCGUGUUACUCAUGGAUGUCUCUUUUUCCUGCUGUGGUUUUAUAUCAAUGUCUUUCUCAGAGUUAGAGCCAAUAACGAAAGAAAUCAUCCAAUAUCAUGAUAUUUGGCGAGGUCUCGGCCUAUCUCCCCCGAGGCAACAAGAGCUUGCAGGGGACCCUCUAACAAUUAAUUAACGCGCGC